CAGGAGGAGGAGGAGCAGAGACGUAGCCACGGCUAAAGGGGGUUGGGGGGUGCCUGAGUGGCUUUUUGCGUUGGGUGCGUUGAGUGUUGGCUGGACAAUCACAUUGAGCAUCGGCGGCGUUGGUGGCGGUGGUGGUGUUGGCUGCAAGUAGUAGCUGUAAGUAGCUGCUAGUAGCUGUAAGUAGUAGCUGUAAGUAGUAGCUGUAAGCGCUUAUCGAAGGGCAACUUGAGGCUACUUCCACGGCGUCGGGGAACAAGCAUCAGCAGGAGCAGCACCACGCGGCGUGUUCACGAGUUGAGUGCGAGGCGGCGGCGGCGGUGGGUGAGUGGUGGCUAUAUUCAGGUGAGGAGACCUCUGCAAGGCAUGCGCUUGUGAGCUAAAGGCUGAUGAGAAUUUUGGCAUUUGGAACGACGCAUCGACUGAACAAAGAUAACCAUGGCAGCUGCAAAGAAAGCUCCAGCAAAGCAUCGGUCUGGAGGAGUGCACUUUGGGGAGGAGGUGGGAGCCGAAGGAGCUGGGCACGUCCACUUUGACGAUAAACUGCACGACUCGAUCGUUAUGGUCACGCAGGAGACGGACGGGAGCUUCCUCACUAAGGUUGGCUUCCUGAAGAUUGGCCACAAGUACGAGAUCACGUUUGAGAUUCCAAGCCGCGAGCGUCUUGGCCAGGAUGUGUGCGUGGUCUCCAAACACAAUUUGUUUCUGCAGGUGACUGGCAUUAAGGCAACUGCCGUUGGUCACGUCAUCGAGUGCCUAUACAUAGCUCACAAGGAGGGGGUCCUGCGGGAGGAGUUCACGCUGGCCAGCGAGACAAACGACCGCACCUGUGCGCGCGUCGCCGUGCAAGCCCGCGUCAUGGGGCGCCACCAGGGAACCCCCAUGCUGCUGGAAGGAGUGAAAUGCGUGGGCAUGGAGGCCGAGUACGACUCGGAGCAAAGCGACUGGCACGGAUUUGACUGAGUGGCAGCUCGCGACGGGGUUUGCUGGGUCUAGGGGUUGCUGGGAGAGAGCAGCUAGGGGGAGUUUUCGGGGGCGGGGGGGGAGAUGCAAAGCAGCAGAUGGUGUGCAUCUGGGGCGUUCUACCACCUACAACUGUCGCAGCUUGUUUCAACGCUGAACCAUCAGUCUCAUCUUGUUGUCAAAGCAGGUCGGCCACGCUUUCUUUGAAAAACCGCACCUGUUUUUUUUUUAGGGCUCGUAACAGCAGGCGUUGACCUAAUUAGGUCAUAUCACUAACAACUGGGUGGGUGAUGUUAAUAGAUUUGUUUUUUUUUUAUCGUUUAACAAUAAACGGGGACAUUUAAUUCAUAUUAACAUUUAGCAGAAAUAUUCGAGUCUACAUGUCCUGGCCAUUUUCAAAUGAUUGUAACUCCGAAAUGUGUGGCACUACUUAAUUGUUUUAAAAUAAAACAUUUGAGCCAGUUUGCCGUGCUUGAGUUGGCCUUCCCCUGGUCUGCUCUCUUUAAAAAAACUUGCCUCGGAUCAAUGUCGAGUCUGCUCAUCGGUCCAAUUGAAUAUUACUCCACAAAUCAAGACAUGACAUUUACACGUGCCGGUGGGGUGAGAAUUGGUGUUGUUUUGAACGUGCGUCCGUUUUACUUGGUGAAAGUAGCGACUUACUGUUGGGGUAAAGUUGAAAUUGCCACUUACCAGUUUACACACAUAGGGCCUCUCCUCUUGAGGAACAUUGUUGGCUACUAAUGUGUGCGGCGUGUGUAAGUUGUUUCUGUUUUUACUGCCAUGGAAAUGUAUCUUAUUGAUAUAUAUUAUUCAUCGCACUUUCCAAGAAAUCGUUUUUUAUCGGUUCCAAGAUGGCCUAUUUAGGCUGUAGAACACUGGGCACAGGAGACUCUCAACCAUCCUCUCGAAAUGCCUUGAAUUAACCAAUUUCAGUAAUUCAUUUCUGUCGUGAAAUUUUGUUUUUGCUAUUUUAAAGAAAAAAUAUUUGUCGCAACCGCUCUAUUUGAGCAGUGUGUGCAUGCACAUUGAAUGGUAUUUGUUUUUAGUUUGGAUUUCCCCCCCCCCCCCCACACACAUGUGCAUAACGUUUGAUAUAUGUUCUGCUAAAAGAACCUACCCACACUCCCAUCUGCCAAGUCGCGAUGCCACAUCCCUCACCUAAAGAAGUUCAACAUCCAUGCAUGGGGUACGUCUUUCAGAUGACAAGGCAAAUGGCAUGCUCUUUUGACUUCUUCAAAAAGAAAAAACCUCGACCAUCACUGUUGGCUUUAAAGAGUAGCUCGGCGGCCUUGUGCAUUCAAACAAUUAGCCAGCAAGGAUUUGACCCAAAAGGUCCAAAGCUUUAUAAUUGCAUAUACAACCUUGUUUUGUGUAUUUAGGCCAAAUGAAUUGCAUUGCACUGCUGAAAUCACUUGCCUUAAAGUAGUCUGUUUCCCGUCCAUCUAUACUAUGCUAUUGUCUUUAAAAAAAAAAUUAUUGUUGUACGUCCGAUUGCUAUUCCUCAGGGUUACAACAAACAUUGCUAUGUGGGUGUGAAGAUGCAUUUAGAUAACAUUUGCAUUCAUGUCAACUCAAAAAUUUCAGUUUUAUUGGCAAAGCAGUUCUGGCUAGAGUUCAACCCUUUCAGUUAACGGCACAUUGUGGUUCCAAUUUUGCAACCCCAUGAAGGGUGUGCUUGGCUGUCCGCUUUGUUGGCUGCAACAAACCGCUUGCGUCGUCGAGGUUCCGCGCACGCGUUGGUUGUGUGGUAAUGGGCUGCGGUCACGUGCUGUAAGAAUUCGUUCACUCGUUUUGCUGAAUGUUACCGCUAAUAAAUGUCCUGACUUGAAA